CAAUUCACUUAAACUCCAAUAUCAACCAAGUCAUAUUCUCAAGAUAAAUUUGAAGAAAGUGGAUCAUCAUUCUUAUACCAUGAAAGAGCUUGUAAAAGGUAGUCUAGCUAGCAAUAAGCGUAAUAGCAGUAAAACCAAAGAACAGAAAAGUGUAAAUGGCAGUAGAAGGUUGGCUACUUGGUGUCAAAACUCGGGCAAGACAUUAUUCGGUCUAUUACAAGCAACAACACAUAAUCACAGAGAGUUAGAUAGUUUGGCAAAACACUAUAAUACAGCAACAACAAAUAAAGAAAAAUGCCUUAUCGGAUACAACACUGCUGAAGAUAACUUCCAAAAGAAAGAUACCAAUAGAGACUUUAUAGUAUCUUUAAUGGAAGUCAGCUAUACAAACUCAACCACAUUAGAGACUGGUGCCAAAAACAGCACA